GCAGCUACUUGAUGAGAGACAAAAACGGCGACUAAGUUAUCUGGUCAUUUAGCUUUUUUACAGGGAAGAUGCAGGGGCGGGAACGGCGAAUUUGAUACGCGUCUUCGCCGCUUUGCCGAGAAGUAUACCUUCAUGAGAUUAAUUGAGCUUGGGAUACAGUGUUACUGUGUAGUCAGUAUCGUAUAAGAUGUCAAAAGUUGAGGAGAAUUGGGAGCGCCUUGUGCGUGCUGCUCUCAAAAGGGAGCACAGUAGGGGUCCUGAUGUUCCUGGUCAAGUCUCUGAUGGAAUUGCUGGGAAUGUCCCAUCUUCUCUUGCAAAUAGUCGGCACAUUGAUGCUAUUCUCAGAGCAGCUGAUGAGCUUCAAGAAGAAGAUCCCAAUAUUUCUCGCAUUUUAUGUGAACAUGCUUACUCGUUGGCACAGAACCUGGAUCCUUUUAGUGAGGGAAGAGGUGUUUUGCAAUUUAAAACUGGCCUGAUGUCAGUUAUUAAGCAAAAACUCGCCAAGAGGGAGGGUGGAAUGAUAGAUAGGACCCAGGAUAUUGCCCGCUUACGGGAGUUUUAUAAGAUGUAUAGAGGAAAGCAUAAAGUUGACGAGUUACGGGAGGAUGAAAGGAAGCUGAGAGAAUCUGGUGGUUUCAGUGGAAACUUUGGGGAAUUGGAACGCAGGACUGUGAAAAGAAAGAGGAUUUUUGCAACGUUGAAUGUCUUAAGAACAGUAGUUGAGGAACUUUCCCAGCAAGUAUCUCCUGAAGAGGCAGAUAAAUUGAUUCCUGAGGAGUUAAAACGGGUAAUGGAGUCUGAUGCGGCAAUGACAGAAGACUUAAUUGCUUAUAAUAUUGUGCCUUUGGAUGCUGCGUCUGUUACUAAUGUCAUCAGUUCUUUACCUGAGGUAAGGGCUGCUGUCUCGGCUUUAAACUUCAGAGGUCUCCCGAAGUUGCCUGGUGAUGUUGCUGUACCUCCACAGAGGAAUGCAGAUGUCCUAGACUUUCUGCAGUAUGUUUUUGGGUUCCAGGUGGACAAUGUAAGCAAUCAGCGUGAACAUAUUGUGCUUCUUCUAGCUAAUGCACAAUCCCGAGUUGGCAUUCCUGAAGGGACUGAACCAAAAAUGGAUGAGGGCGCUGUUCAAAAAGUAUUUGGGAAGUCGCUCGAUAAUUACACCAAGUGGUGCAGCUAUUUGGGAAUUCAGACAGCUUUCAACUUGGAUGCACUAAGCAAAGAAAAGAAGCUGCUGUUCGUCUCCUUAUAUUUUUUGAUCUGGGGUGAAGCUGCCAAUGUCAGAUUUCUGCCAGAAUGCAUAUGCUACAUAUUUCAUCAAAUGGUGAUAGAACUCGAUGAGAUAUUGCGGCAGCAGAUUGCUCAGACUGCUAAAAGUUGCAUUUCUGAAAAUGGAGUGUCAUUCCUUGAUCAAGUUAUCUCUCACUUCUAUAAAAUAUUGGCUGCGGAAGCCAUUAGCAAUGACAAUGGACGAGCACCUCAUUCUGCAUGGAGAAAUUAUGAUGAUUUUAAUGAGUAUUUUUGGUCUCGUGAGUGUUUUGAUCUUAGGUGGCCCUUGCAGACUAAUUCCUUAUUCUUUUGCGAGCCCCCAAAAGUCAAAAAGUCUAUGCAUUUGCCUGGAGGGAACAAACGUAGAGGAAAGACCUCUUUUGUGGAGCACAGAACAUUUCUUCAUCUUUACCAUAGUUUCCCACGACUUUGGAUAUUCCUUAUCAUGAUGUUCCAGGGCUUGGCAAUUGUUGCUUUCAAUGAUGGGAAGCUUCGGAUGAAAACGCUGAAAGAAGUUCUCAGUUUGGGUCCUACAUUUGUCAUAAUGAAGUUUUUUGAAAGCGUUUUGGACAUUCUUAUGAUGUUUGGGGCCUAUUCCACAACUCGUCGUUUGGCUAUUACAAGGAUAUUUGUCCGCUUUCUUUGGUUUGGCUGUGCCUCAGUGCUUAUUUCGUAUCUCUACAUAAAGGGCCUUCAGGAGCCAAGUAGAACAAAUGGGACUUCAGCCAUAUUCAAAAUAUACAUCUUUGUUUUGGGCAUAUAUGCAGCAGCACAGUUAUUAGUUAGUUUUCUCAUGCGAAUACCUGCUUGUCGGAAGGUGACCGACCAAUGUGAUCAUUGGCCGGUGAUACGGUUUUUUAAAUGGAUGCAUCAGGAGAGAUACUACGUUGGGCGUGGAAUGUACGAGGGAACAUUUGACUUUCUCAAAUAUAUGACUUUUUGGCUUGUGGUUUUUGGUGCGAAGUUCUCCUUUGCAUACUUUCUCCAGAUCAGGCCCUUGGUGGAACCUACCAAAUUUAUAUCUGGGUUUAAGAUAGUACGGUAUUCGUGGCAUGAUUUAGUCUCUAAAAAUAAUCAUAAUGCUCUGACCAUUGCUAGCUUGUGGGCCCCUGUUUUUACUAUAUAUCUUUUAGAUUUUCACGUGUUCUACACGCUUAUUUCUGCUGUUGUUGGUUUCUUACUUGGAGCUAGAGAUCGACUAGGAGAGAUACGAUCAUUAGAAGCAGUCCAUCAGUUCUUUGAGAAAUUCCCUGAAGCUUUUAUGAGUCGCCUCUAUGCUUCUCCAACUAAAAGGCCUGCCACCGAAGCUACUGAGGUUCGCAUUGAAUUGAAAAAGGCAAAUGCUGCUAAGUUUGCUCCAUUUUGGAAUGAAAUAGUGAGAAAUUUGCGUGAUGAAGAUUAUAUCGCGGACAGAGAGAUGGAAUUACUUUUUAUUCCGAGUAAUACAGGCACUCUUCCCCUGGUUCAAUGGCCUCUCUUCCUUCUUGCUAGCAAGAUAUUUGUGGCUCGAGACAUUGCAGUUGAAAAUAGGGAGACACAAUCUGAUCUCUGGGAAAGAAUCUCAAGGGAUGAUUACAUGAAAUAUGCUGUUGAGGAAUGCUACCACAUUACUAAAUUCAUCUUGCUAGCUGUACUAGAGGGUGUUGGAAGGUUAUGGGUUGAGCGCAUAUUUGAGGAUAUUAGAGAAAGUUUAAUCAAGGGAUCUAUUCAGUCUGAAUUUCAAUUAAGCAAGCUACCUCUUGUGCUAUCCAGAAUUGCUGCAUUGAUGGGAAUAUUGAUACAAGAAAAAACUCCUGAUCUGGCGAAGGGGGUUGUGAAAGCUGUCCAAGACCUCUACGAUAUUGUGCAACACGAUAUCCUCUCAUAUGACAAGAAAGAGCACUACAAUACAUGGAGCAUCUUGGCAAAAGCGAGGACUGAGGGAACCCUUUUCUCUGAGCUGGCCUGGCCGAAUGAUUUGGAAUUGAAGUCACAAGUGAAAAGGUUGCAUCGCUUAUUGACUAUUAAUGAGUCUGCUGCAAAUAUUCCCAAAAACUUAGAGGCCAGGAGGAGGCUUGAGUUUUUCACCAAUUCGUUAUUUAUGAACAUGCCUGUGGCUAGGCCUGUGAGAGGGAUGGUUUCCUUUAGUGUUUUUACUCCGUAUUACUCAGAGGUAGUGCUGUAUAGCAAGGAUGAACUUCAAAAGAAAAAUGAGGAUGGAAUUUCUAUUUUGUUCUACCUCCAAAAGAUAUUUCCAGAUGAGUGGAAGAACUUUCUCUCCCGAAUAGGCAGAGAUGAAAAUGUAUCUGACUCAAGCUUGUUCAGUAAUCCGAAUGAUUUGCUUGAGCUAAGGUUUUGGGCUUCUUACCGUGGGCAAACUUUGGCUAGAACUGUUCGUGGGAUGAUGUACUAUAGGAAAGCACUUGUGCUACAGAGCUAUUUGGAAAGGAAUGCCUCUGGAGAUCCUGAAGAAGCACUGGGUGAGGAUGAUGCAUCAAACACCCAAGGUUUUGAGUUAUCCCGUGAGGCACGGGCUCAGGCAGAUUUGAAGUUUACAUAUGUUGUAACCUGUCAAAUAUAUGGGAAACAGAAAGAACAACAUAAGCCGGAAGCUUCUGAUAUUGCUUUGUUAAUGCAAAGGAAUGAGGCCCUAAGGGUUGCCUUCAUUGAUGAGGUUGAGACAUUAAAGGAUGGCAAAGUUCAAAGGGAAUACUUCUCAAAACUUGUAAAGGCUGAUGUGCACGGGAAAGAUAAGGAAAUUUACUCUGUUAAGCUUCCUGGAAACCCCAAACUUGGGGAGGGGAAGCCAGAAAACCAAAACCAUGCAAUUAUAUUUACUCGUGGAAAUGCGAUGCAGACAAUUGACAUGAAUCAGGAUAAUUAUUUUGAGGAAGCUUUGAAAAUGAGAAAUCUUCUUGAAGAAUUUGAUUCUCCUCAUGGAAUACGUCCGCCAACAAUUCUUGGUGUUCGUGAGCAUGUCUUUACGGGAAGUGUGUCCUCAUUAGCUUCGUUUAUGUCCAACCAAGAGACGAGUUUUGUGACAUUGGGUCAGCGUGUUUUGGCUAGCCCUCUUAAGGUCCGCAUGCAUUAUGGUCAUCCAGAUGUUUUUGAUAGAGUUUUCCAUAUAACGAGAGGUGGUAUCAGCAAGGCAUCACGAGUAAUCAACAUAAGUGAAGAUAUAUAUGCAGGUUUCAACUCAACAUUGCGCCAAGGCAAUGUGACCCAUCAUGAAUACAUUCAGGUUGGCAAAGGGAGAGAUGUUGGGCUAAAUCAAAUUGCUUUAUUUGAAGGAAAAGUGGCUGGUGGGAAUGGUGAACAAGUUCUUAGUAGGGAUGUGUAUAGACUUGGGCAACUCUUUGAUUUCUUCCGCAUGCUUUCCUUCUACUAUACCACAGUUGGCUUUUACUUUUGUACAAUGUUGACUGUGCUGACUGUAUAUAUAUUUCUAUAUGGGAAGAUAUAUUUGGCACUAUCUGGAGUUGGCGAACGUCUUGUGGUUGAAGCUGGUGUGCUACGCAACACUGCUUUGACAGCCGCCCUCAACACGCAGUUCUUGUUCCAGAUUGGUAUCUUUACAGCAGUUCCCAUGAUUUUGGGUUUCAUUUUGGAGCAGGGUUUUUUUAAGGCCAUUGUCAGCUUUCUUACUAUGCAGUUUCAGCUUUGUUCUGUCUUUUUCACAUUUUCCCUUGGUACAAGGACUCACUACUUUGGUCGAACAAUUCUCCAUGGUGGUGCGAGGUAUCAAGCAACUGGAAGAGGGUUUGUCGUGCGUCACAUAAAAUUUGCUGAGAAUUACAGACUGUACUCCCGUAGUCACUUUGUGAAAGCAUUUGAGGUUGCGUUCUUGCUAGUUGUAUACCUUGCAUAUGAAUAUAAUGAAGGUGGUACCUUAGCUUAUAUCCUUCUCACAGUGAGCAGUUGGUACAUGGCACUAUCAUGGCUUUUUGGUCCCUAUCUAUUCAAUCCUUCUGGUUUUGAAUGGAAGAAGGUGGUUGAGGAUUUUGAGGACUGGACGAACUGGCUCUUUUACCGAGGUGGUGUUGGAGUAAAGGGUGAGGAAAGCUGGGAAGCAUGGUGGGAUGAAGAACAGGCUCAUAUCCGUACCUUAAGGGGGAGAAUUCUUGAGACCAUCCUAAGUUUGCGGUUUUUUAUAUUUCAAUAUGGUAUCGUCUACAAGUUGCAUUUAACUGGAAAUAAUACUUCAUUGUCGAUAUAUGGUCUGUCUUGGGCUGUCUUUGCCGUCUUGAUCGUACUUUUCAAGGUGUCAACCUUCAGCCAAAAGGCUACAGUAAAUUUUCAGCUAUUCUUGCGGCUCCUCCAAGGCAUUGCAUUCAUGUUGGCCUUAGCAGGUCUAAGCGUAGCUGUUCGUUUAACGAACCUGUCGCUCCCAGAUGUUUUUGCUUCAAUCCUGGCAUUUGUACCCACUGGCUGGGGCCUCCUCUCUAUUGCUAUAGCGUGGAGGCCAGUGAUGAAGAGGCUACACCUUUGGAAAUCUGUGCGUUCCAUUGCUAGGCUCUACGAUGCUGGGAUGGGAAUGCUAAUAUUUGUGCCCUUGGCCAUGUGUGCAUGGUUUCCAUUCAUAUCCACGUUUCAGACCCGUCUCUUAUUCAAUCAGGCUUUCAGCCGAGGUUUGGAGAUCUCUCUCAUCCUUGCUGGUAACGAUCCCAAUCCUGGGGCUUGAGACCAUGUCUCAUUGUUCCCUGCCUUCUUUCUGUUGUUGAUUGAUCAUUGUUAAUUAUUGUCAUUGUGGUAACUAUAUGUUGACUGGAAUUGAAUUUUGCAGAGUUGGGUUGUUUGUGGCCCUCGUUAUUGGAAAUUGGUUUUGAUGAUUAUUGAUCUAGUCGUGUAUAUAUUGAUGUGCACUUGAAGGGACA